UGACACCCAAUUAUUUGGAGUAACAAACCUCAAGGCUAUCAGCUUUGAACAACAUAACUCGACAACCUGUAUAUGUUACUACUACUAGGGUUCAUAAUUUCCCGUUUCAUGUCCUGUUUCUCUCUCUAAUCACCCUAUCAUCAAUGGAACAUUCUUCUCAGGUUGGGGUUUUGGUGCCACUGAGCGAUAAUCUAGACGAAGACGCUUCCAAUUCAAUCCCUAAAGUUCAAAUCAGCAAAGGAGUUAACAUAUUAGGUCGCGAUGUUAUACCUAUCACUGACAAGAGAAUUAGCCGCAAACAUCUGUCUGUUACAGUCUCUGAUGAUGGCUCUGUUGAAGUUGCAGUGGAAGGAACAAAUCCAGUUGUCAUUAGAUCUCAGCAACGAAAGAAGCUUUUAUCUCGUGAAAAGCUAACAAUUAAAGAUGGUGACAUAAUAGAAUUAAUCCCUGGACAUUACAUAUUUAAGUACAAGGCUUUUAAUGGUGUAAAAAAGAGAUAUUCUCCAAACAAACAAAAAAGGCCUUUAAUUGAAGGAGUUCAAGAUGAAUCACUUGCACAAAAGCGAUCGCGGCAAGUGGAAGAAGACGAGGCCCUCGCUAGAAAAUUGCAGAGUGAGAUGAACGAUGAUAUUCAAGAUAAGGAAAUCUUUGUUGAGGCAAUCCGCGAUUUCAAGCCACCAAAAGAUAAAAUUCCACUAACAUUUCGACUUAUGAGAGUGAAAGGCCUGCAACCAUGGGCUAAUACUAAUUCUGUGUCAAUUGGGGAUGUGAUUCAGGGGAAUGUGUUCGUUGCUGUUCUUUCGAACUACAUGGUUGACCUUGACUGGUUGAUAUCAGAAUGUCCAACUCUAAAGAAAAUCCCGCAUGUUUUGGUGGUUCACGGUGAAAGCGAUGGUAGGCAGGAGCAUAUGAAGAGAAACAAACCUUCAAAUUGGAUUUUGCACAAACCUCCAUUACCCAUUGCAUGGGGGACACACCAUUCCAAAGCGAUGUUUUUGGUGUAUCCUCAAGGAGUUCGAAUUAUCGUCCAUACAGCAAACUUAAUCUAUGUCGAUUGGAAUAACAAAAGCCAGGGUUUGUGGAUGCAAGAUUUCCCGUGGAAACAUGACGGUUCAGAUAAAGGAAGUGGUUUUGAAUCUGAUCUUAUUGAUUAUCUUAGUGCACUAAAGUUGCCUGAGUUUUCUGUUCAAUUCCCUGAACGAGGCACCUUCAGCCUCAAUUCAUCUUUUUUUAAGAAAUUUGAUUACAGCAAAGCAACGGUAAGGUUAAUAGCUUCUGUACCCGGAUAUCAUUCAGGUUCAAAUAUAAAGAAAUGGGGACACAUGAAGAUCCGUUCAGUUCUACAGGAUUGUGUUUUUGAUAAAGAAUUCCGAAACGCACCACUUAUAUAUCAGUUUUCGUCCCUGGGUUCUCUAGACGAAAAGUGGAUGGCUGAGUUUGCGUUCUCGAUGUCAUCGGGAGUAUCAGACGAUAAGAAGCCUUUGGGCCUGGGGGAACCUUUAAUUGUAUGGCCCACUGUCGAGGAUAUUAGAUGUUCUCUAGAGGGUUAUGCAGCUGGGAGCUGUGUUCCAAGCCCUCAAAAGAAUGUAGAGAAAGCAUUCUUAAAGAAAUACUGGGGUAAAUGGAAAGCAACCCACACUGGUCGCUGUCGUGCAAUGCCUCAUAUAAAGACAUUUACUCGAUAUAACGGUCAAAACCUUGCAUGGUUCUUGCUUACAUCAUCAAACCUCAGUAAAGCUGCCUGGGGAGCACUUCAGAAAAACAACACUCAGCUGAUGAUUCGUUCAUACGAGCUUGGAGUGCUGUUUUUACCUUCUUCAACCAGCCAUGCUCAUGUAUUUUCGUGUACUGAAAAUGGGAGCACAUCAGAGAAUAAAUAUUCCGGGUCCCCUUUGAAAACUCAUGAAGCAAAAAGAACAAAACUUGUAACACUGGCUUCACCACAUAGCAAGAAAAUGCAUCUGCCCGAUGUGGUUACUUUGCCUGUGCCGUAUGAGCUCCCCCCAGCACGUUACUCUUCUGAAGAUGUUCCUUGGUCGUGGGACAAACAAUAUAAGAAGCGGGAUGUUUUGGGUCAAGUUUGGCCCUAAAAAUGUUACUUUUUAUAUUAUGUAUAUAUUCAUUUUUAGGAUGAAUUAGAAGCAGAAGCGCUCCGGUUAUUAGUUUGAGAAAUGGGUAUUGUUUUCUUUGGCGGUUACAACUUGUUUUUCUGUAUUGGCAGGUGGUUUAGGAAUGAUAACAGUACUUUUAGGUGUUCUUAGGAGUUUCUUGUAAGCAAACUUGCCACCCAAGAGAACUUGUCGAGUUCGGUUACAGGUUAGCUAACUGUCUAGAAGUACGAGUGUUAAAAAUACAUCUAGAA